UUCAGAUCUGGACAGGUGAACAUGCAGCUCUUCCUGGCUCUCUGCUUUCUGCUGGGAAUCCCCAGCGGGGCUCCAGACAUUCACUCUCUCAAGUAUUUCUUCACUGCAGCCUCCAAUGUUCCAAACUUUCCAGAGUUUGUGAAUGUUGGUUUGGUGGAUGAAGUUGAGAUUUCUCACUAUGACAGCAACACCAGGAGAAAAGUUCCCAAACAGGACUGGAUGAAUAAAGUCACAGAAGAAGAUCCAGAGUACUGGGAGAGAUACACUGAAAGGAAUUUGGGACGUCAGCAAACCUUCAAAGCAAACAUCGAGAUCUUGAAGCAGCAUUUGAACCAAACUGGAGGUGUUCACAUCUACCAGUGGAUGGUCGGUUGUGAAUGGGACGAUGAAACUGAUGAAGUGGUGAAUGCAUUUGAUCAAGAUGGUUACGAUGGAGAAGAUUUCAUCUCUUUCGACCUGAAGACAGAAACAUGGAUCACUCCAGUUCCUCAGGCUGUUCCCACCAAACACAAGUGGAACAGUAACAAAGCAGAGAUGGAUUAUCGUAAGCACUACCUGACCACAGAAUGUGUUGACUGGCUGAAGAAGUAUGUGGAGUUUGGUCGGAGCUCACUGAUGAGAAAAGAUCUUCCCUCAGUGUCUCUCCUCCAGAAGACUCCCUCCUCUCCGCUCACCUGCCACGCUACAGGUUUCUACCCCGACAGAGCCGACUUGUUCUGGAAGAAAGACGAGGAGGAGCUCCAUGAGGACGUGGUCAAAGGAGAGAUCCUCCCCAACCAUGACGGGAGCUUCCAGAUGAGCGUUGAUCUGGAUCUUUCAGGGCUCAAAGAUGAAGACUGGGGGAGGUACAGCUGUGUGUUUCAUCUGGCUGGAGGACAGGAAGUCUCCAAGAGACUGGACAAACGGGACAUCAGGACCAACUGGAAGACAAAUGAUGGAGGGUUUCCCACUGGAGCUGCUGCUGGAGGAGUGUUGGGAGCGAUUGCUGUUGUGGUCCUGGCAGGCAUUGGAUUCAUCAUCUACAAGAAGAAACAUCCUAACGGGUCCAGUAGUACCAGCACCUCUGAAACUUCCUCUUCAUGAGAAGAUCCAGCCGUGAAGAAAAAGCCCCUAAAAGAAGCCCCCCCUGGACCAGAUGUCUGGAGGGUUCCUCACUCCAGGAGCUCCAGAGAAGAGCAUGAGGGACAGAGCUGAGCAGCAAACAGUAAAGUCCAGGGGGGGUUCUCUCCUCUGGAUGCUGAUGUGUUGCAGUGGAGGAAAGAACAGCUGGAUCUUCCACUGCUUUCCAAACUGGCCUCCAGCUGCUGUCCAUCCCUGCAACAA